AUGUGUGUCUGCGAUCAAGUUUUGUCAGGCAGUGCAGCACAUAAACACACAAUAAUGUAUUCUCCGCUCUGUGUGUCAUUCCUCGUGAAGAUUUUUAUGAUUUCUGCGACAGCAUCCGCCCUCAACCUCGAAGGGGAACUUUUCAGGGACUUAAUGAAAGGGUACAACAAGAAUGUGCGGCCCGUGGAGAAUAAUGGGGAUGUCACACAAGUGGGCAUCAAGAUGACUCUUACCAACCUCAUCUCCCUGAAUGAAAAGGAGGAGGCCCUGACGACCAGUGUUUGGAUCGAAAUGUUCCCCAACGCCGACGCACUCUACUGCAACGCGCUGGUGUCUCCUGAUGGCUGCGUGUACUGGUUGCCUCCUGCCAUCUACCGCAGCGCCUGUGCCAUCACUGUCAACUAUUUCCCUUUCGACUGGCAGAAUUGUACCAUGGUGUUCCGCUCCCAGACCUACAGUGCCAAUGAGAUUGAACUCGUUCUGAAAAAGGAGGAAAACCAAACUCUGGAGUGGGUUGAUAUUGACCCUGAGGCUUUCACAGAAAAUGGAGAAUGGGUCAUUAAACACAGGCCAGCGAAGAAGGUGAUUAACAACCAGUACACCAAGGACGACCUGGAAUACCAGGAGUUGGUCUAUUUCCUCAUCAUCCAGAGAAAGCCCCUCUUCUACAUCAUCAAUAUCAUCGCUCCCUGCGUGCUCUUUUCCUCUCUCUGCUUGCUGGUUUAUUACCUACCCGCGAAAGCUGGUGGUCAGAAGUGUACCAUGUCUAUUGCCACUCUUCUAGGCCAAACUGUGUUCCUCUUCCUCAUUGCCAAAAAGGUUCCAGAGACGUCCAAAGCGGUUCCUCUUAUUGGAAAGUAUCUGAUGUUUGUGAUGUCCGUGACAACCAUGGUGGUGAUGAACUGCGUGAUCAAUCUCAAUAUCUCCCUGAGAACUCCAAACACUCACGUGAUGUCGGACAAAGUCAGAAAGAUAUUUCUGAACGUUCUGCCUCAGCUGCUGAGGAUGCACAUACAGCCGUGGACGCCAGAUCAUGACACCUGCGCUGAAACCGCCAAUGGUGACACUAAAGUCAACAAUAGCAACGAAGUACAUCUGGUCCCAUGCCGGCGCCGCAGCUCGAUGAUGCUGAUUAAUAAGGCGGAGGAAUAUAUACUAAAAACAGCUCGGACUGAACUCGUGUUUUCCCAACUCAGAGAGAGAAACGGACUAAUGAAGUCAGUGUUUGAGACGUUGAACAAAGGCCUGGAAGGGGGAACGGCAGAGCAACUUAGUGUGAGCUUGGCAAAAGCUGCCCCUGAACUCAAGCAAUGCGUUGCUUCGUGUACACAAAUCGCUGAGAUGACAAAACAGCACAACAACUUUCAAAACGAGAAUGAAGAGUGGAUCCAGGUUGCCCGGGUCAUUGACCGGGUCUGCUUCAUUUUCAUGGCUCUGCUCUUUUUCGUCGGCACCAUUGCGAUCUUCCUGUUGGGCCACUUCAACCGGCCUCCUUCUUAUCCCUUCCUGGGGGAUCCAAAGAAGUACCUUCCCAUGACAAAUAAUCUCACGAAGCUACCCGACCCAUGAGUGGGACCUGGUGGGGUGAAGCGGAUCACCACGUUCAUCCUUUCAAGGUUGAAACCUAUGCAUCAGUUUUGGUCGGCGAUAACCAAGGAUGACUGACACGUCACUGGCUGAUGUGGGUCUGUGUGCCACUGCAAAAAUUGUAUUUUUUUUUCCUGGUGUUGAAAAGAUCUAUAGUACAGUUACAGGAGCCAUAAUACUUAACAGUGGUGUAAAGUGCUGUAAAUUCUGCAGUUGUAGAAGGUUUGAGGUGGGUGGAAGUAAGUCACAUAUUGUAUGUGCAAGUCUCAAAUCUGUUUCAUCAAGUUUCAAGCAAGCCCUAAAAGCAGCAAAAAUCAAGUCGAGUCCCCACUAAAUUUCAAGCAAGCCAUUACUUGGGGUAAACAAAUCUUAAAUCAAGUCAUACAAUCUUGCUCCAUCACAACAUAUAGUAUAAUCGCAAUUAGUAUCUGUAUCAGUAUUUGUACUUGCGUUAGUUAGCUGUAGACUACUAACACAUUCACAAUCGAGUAGAUUUUAAUGGCUCCAGAACCACUCGCCGUAUUGUCUUUACUUUAGUGAAACCUUAUAUGUUGGUACCAUCGUAAACUGACAAACCGUGUAAUCUGCUCAACCUCAUGGUGCAUUUAUAGGUCAAAGUUGAGAAUUGCUGGCUUUAAUAAAAGUAAUCAUGUCAUGGUACAUCUUAAUUUCUCAAAGAUUUUAUGUGCAGGGUACUCUCUGAUGUUUUUUUUUCUUGUUGGAAAGUUUACAUUUUACUACAUUUUCACUUACGGUGCAAGAUAACCUCUCAAACACCUCAUAGCUCAUAAAAUGUUGACUGAAAAAUAAGGCUUGAAUUUCACCUGAUAGCCACCAGCUUUUUUGUGAAAGGACUUUUAUCUGGAUGUCCGGUGACAGCUGUUGUGUGUUUGAGUUCCUUUGGUUUCUUCUGUUUGACAAGAAGGAGCAGUGAUUCACAAUGCUAAUACUCGAUGGUAACUUUAGCCAGCUAGCCAUCAACUGACCAGCUGCUACCAAAUUAGCCUAAAAUUGUCCAAACCCUGGCCAAUUUUUUGUUCUCAUUGAAUGAUUGGGCAACUAUUAGGUGGCACUGACACACAAAAAAAUGGCAAAUAACUAUAAGAAAUUGUGUACUUGGACUAAAAACAAGUGUGUCGUUGUCUCCCAUUACCACCCAAAAUUGGGACCGGCUCGUUGAAGAGAAACCAGCGCAGCUCCCAAUAAUUAGAACAACUACAGCACAUUCAGCAUAAUGGUGAGUGAGUUAUAUUUUAAAUAAUUCAUUUCUAUUUGUUUCUAAGCCAGUUCGUCAAAAUAAUGCUUUACAUGACCCCAGUUCAUUGUGCAAAAAAAUGUUGGGGAGCGCUGAGCUAGAAAAUUCAACUCAACCACACGUUUACAUCUUUAGUAAUGCUUUGAAGAUACUUUUGCACAUUGAACUCUGCCAAAAUGUCAAUAAAAAUGAAAAUAGCAACAACAAAAUGUAGUCUACAGCCUUUUGAUACUUCGUCAUCAAAUGACACCACAUAAAAAUUGCUUUUGACCCAAAAUUAUGCAAGAGGAUGAAUAAUUUUAGGCUUAAUGCUUGAGACUGGUUAUUCAGACGUUUAGUCUGUAAUUAUUGGUUUAUGGUUUAGAUUGGUGGUUGAUUUCAUGUUAUACUUUUAUGAGAGUUCACAGUGUUAAAAUGUUCCUUAAAAAUUUCCGCAAUUUUAUUAAAGGUUUCAUGAGGGCAACAGUUUGG